AUGUCACAGGCAGUCGCUGCCGACGUCAUGGAAGACAAGGUGGGACCCGCGGAACUGAAGCCAGACGGGGAUCCGUCAAUCAAGCUGAACCCCAACGCUGUCAGUCUAAGACAAUUUGUCGACUACGCCGCCAGUUUGGCUAGGUCACACAAUUCUUCUUUAACCUGCCAGCUCCUCCCUCUUCGACGCACGGAGACUGAAAAGCAUACGUUGGAAGUCCUGACCUCCCUCCUCUCCGCCAACAACGCCUUUGGCAUCUACUCAGCCUCUCCAUUUUUACGACCCAUCACCCUCCUGCGGCCUGUACAGUUCGCCUUCCCAUCCAAAGUCGUCUCGCAAUAUCCCGAUCCUGAGAACAUGGUCCGUAGGCUGCGAGAUCUGGCAGAUCAGAAGGUAACUAGCCUCCCCCUACUGGCUAUCCUCUCGGGUACCAAGCUGAAUGCCGCCUCUCUGGGUUUCUGCACGGACUACCUGACCUACAGUUUCACGCUCAAGCUCGACAUCAACAUAAUGUGUCUUCUGUUGGACCAGUCACGACAAGCAAAUAGCUGCACUGACAACUACCGUCUCAUUCUUCGGCUGGCCUGGGCCACGACCGGAUUUUACAUGCCAGGUGACAAGUCCAAUCCAUCUCGCGUUCUGGCCUCGGAAGUGCUACCACGCUGUCUCUCCGUCCGCGUUGAUCGUCGCAAUGUCACCCUUCCCGAUCCUACCUUUCAUGAGGGCCAGGCGCAGAAUUUCGGUCGUCGUCUCCGUUUCGCAAUCGACAUCACAGACAAGAUUUGCGUUCAAUCAAACAUACCGGCCCGCUGUCAGGAUAUUGAGAUUGACUUAACAUGGUUGCACGCGCCUCUGCAGGAUCACGCGCUACCUCUGCUUGAAAUGGUGGGCUCCGGAUCCUGCACUCCCAUCCUAAAUUACUUGCUCAACCUUCCCCUUAUUCAAGUCACUCUGGACCGUGUCCAGCCCAUACCGGAGUUUGUCCGCAUGUUUUCGUCGGCAGUUGCUGGGACGCCAGUCGCAGACCCCCCUCUUGGUUGCGAGCCUCCUCAAUUACCGUCUGAGACAGUGGAAGCUCUUAUCGGAGUUUACGACUUUUGCAGGUCUGCUGAUCGCGCAAUGGUGAAGUCCAAACUGACUUCGGAGGAUGAUUUGCAGUCCGAUGGAUGGAUUCCUGUUUCCUUACUCUGUCCCCUCGCUCUUACGCGUAUCGAAAUCCCUGUGCGCUCAGUGAAGUGUGACCAUCUGCAGUGCUUUGACCUGUCCUCCUAUCUAACAAUUAACAAGAAACGUCCUCGGUGGUCCUGUCCAGUCUGCAGUUCGCCCGCCCCAUUCCGCGAUCUGCGACGCGAUGACUUCUUCGUCCAAUUGAUUGCUGAUCAGAGUCUUAAGGAUGCCGAAAUGCUCCAGGUAGAUGUCAAUGGCCAGUGGCGAGAUGUCUCGAAAUCCAUCGAAAGUGAUUCCUCUGCUAUCAUAUCCGUCAAGGAUUCGAUGUUAGUAAUUUCUUCUGACAACCCGGGAAUUGCUGCCUUUCCGUCACUACUGAAUGGGACCUCUACGAUGACGCCUUGCAUGUUGGAGUCAAAUUACUCACCCAGACCUGUAACACCAAUGGAAAGGGAUACUUCUCACUUCACUGCUUGUAUCCGUCCCCUUGACGACAGUGACGUGAACGUUCGGGAGCGUAGCGCAACGCAACCGGAGCAAACCACUGUUGCCCAUCGGUAA